AUGGGCAGUCAAUCUUUGAAGGUUCAUUCACCAACGAUCCCAUUCUUGCUAGCUUCUGAUUCUGAAGGGUUUAUUGAUGAAAAUCAUCUUCGGUCUUAUUCUGCUUCUAUCCUUUGCCCUAAUAGUAUCAGGGAACAGAUGGAAGCGAGUGAAAAGGUCGCAUUCGCAUGGGCAUUACGGGUACGGACGUCGACGGCCGUGGGGCGGAGGAUGGGGCGGCGGUGGCUGGCCCGGCUACAAUAUAGGCCCAAUCGGUCCUGGUUACCCUGGCUACUACGGUGGUUUCUCUCCAUACCGGAUGUUUGGAGGCUGGGGAAAGUGACAAAGCGAGACCGUGUUCAAAAGCAUUCUGUAAAGAGUUUCAGAGAAAUGACAUGCAAAAAUUCGUAUUUUUGCUAUUUGUGUUGUGACUUGAAUAAAUAUUUAUUUAUUGAACAUCAUAUACCAAAUGCCAUCAGCAAUGUGAACGCCACAAAAACCAGUUAG